AUGUCCAUGCAAACCUUGAAGAAUAAUAAUAAUAAUAACACCAGUAGCAUUGGAGGUACUUUCUCUUCGGAUCAAUCCAUGCUUGCUGCUUCCGAUAAGAUCUCCUUCAAUAAUUCUUCGAGUAUUGGACAUUCUUCAUCGGACUUUAAAACAAUAACAACAGCUAAAUCAAUCUCUUCUUCUUCUUCCAUGAUUGCAAACAAAAAGAACCUCACUCCUCUAGCUACACCACUCACCUCCAACCACAGCAGCAUUCAUCAGGAACGAAAACAUCAUCACAACAGAAAGGAUCAUCAUCAUUACUUGAAUGUAAAUAAUUCAACCACUUCUAUUUAUUGUACCCCUAAUUCGAAUAACACAAUUAGUAAUAAUAAUGGAUUCAAUAAUUUAAACAAAAACACUUUGAACGAAAAGACACCAUCAUCCCGAAGCAAUCAAAACAACAACAUGACCAUCAUGGUCACUCCUUCUCCCCAAAAACCACAACAACCUUCACAUCCAACAAAACCUCCCCUUGUAGAAUCUCAUCGAUAUUCACGACAGGCUCAAACUUUGCAUUCCUCGGCACAAUAUGACAAAGCAGCUCGAUGCAGCAGGAAAGCUCUUUCAGUUUUAGAACGAGCUAAAAAUUACACAUGUGAUAGUAAUGCUCUUGAAGCAAUAGAUUGGAUGGCUUCUCAUUAUAGAAGCAAUUAUAGAUACCAGAAGAAUAUGUUUGAAGCUGUCACAGCACCCUAUGGAAGUACUAUCAGCAACGGAGGAUCGAAUGUAAAUGCUUUCGGUAACAAUUCACAACGAAGAUCACAACCACGAAAGAACAAUGUAGUCGUCACAGAAAAAUAUGGAGAUAGGCAAGUCAUUAUGCCAAAUGAAGAGGAUUUAGGAGAAAGUAUGAUUGGAGAUUUGGUCAUGACCCCUUUCAACAAUACACCUACUCCAACGACAGCAUGUACAUCAUUGUAUUCUGAAUUGUAUGCCAUGUUUAUUCAUCCAUGGCUGCAAUACCAAAAAGUUUUAGAGGAGUGUUCAGAGAAUGCACAGCUUAAAGGCCUCUUUUCUAAAACAAUCAUGACUACUCAGCAACGACUGUAUCAAUUAAUGCAAAAAACACAAUGCUUAGAAGAAUCAGAAAGUAUGAAUGCUAGUUCUGCUGUCUCGCCGGUCCAAAACACGACGAGCAUUGCAAUGAAUACUGAUCUUUCUAAAAAACUUCUCUCUCUUACCUAUUCACUGAAUGCAGAUAAGGCCACCCGCCUCUCUCAACAAAUAUUGAAAAAAGAUAAAGAAGUAGAGCUCCUGAAACGAAAAAUCAAGGAACAACAAGACAUUAUUUCACAACACGAAGAAAAUUGGAGACUCAUGAAAUUGGAAGCUGAAAAAACGUUUGGCACCUCUCAGGACAAGUAA